CGCGUGAAGAACUGGCAACAUUGUGGUGGCAUUCCAACUCGCAGUGCAAGCGGCGAUUUCAAGCUAUCGAGUCGGGGGGCCUUUUGCUGCAGGCAUGCAAUCCCCGAAGUUGAAUAUUUAGGAGCCAGACCUUUCAACAAGGCAAAGUGCAUGUCAACGUUGCACUUGAAUUUCUCUGAAGUUUAACCUGCCUCAUUGCCCCGGCACCGAUACCAUGCCAAAAGAAGCAAUGGAAACACCUAGGCAGAGGUGUAAAACUUCAUCGGAGAUGGAGGUAUCUCCUGUUACUGGCCUGGCGGAAAAUCUUGGCGGGCUAAGAACUGACAGCAAUGAAAACACCCCGUUCCGGCGUUCGAAGUGGCCAUUUAACGCUCCGGAUGCCCUGCCAUCUCCAAAAUGGCCUCUGUUUCGCAGGCCCAGUCCGGACCCAUCGCCUACCGUAGUGUACGGCCUCCUGCACGAUAUCGGCAACACGGCUGCCGGGAGCGGUUUCGCGGAGAAGCCGCCAAAGUUCCUUCACAACCGCAAGACGUUAUUCAACUGCAGUCCUGGCGCCAAUGAGGGUUCCUUUGACAAGGAGAACCUCCCUGGUUCAACGGAGGGACCAACAAGCUCUUCUCCAUAUUCACCUCCAAAAGCCAAGCCUAGCAUUCCAUUAAUAUCGCAACCUUCGCGACAAAACUCUGAAGACAGUGGCUGUCCAAUCGAGCUGCACACUGAUAACAGAUAUGCGCUUGACGCCUUCGGGUACGUGUUCGACUCCUUCGGCGAUCUUCGGCAAUCGAAAGCCAGCUGCGCCAGCAGCGACGAAGGAAUUCGAAGGUUGGACGGUUCGUCCAUGUCCAGCAAGGAUGACAGCAUGUCGCAGAAGCAGACUAGUUGGGAGUCUGGCCUACCUGCAGCCAGCAGCGCACGCAGUUCAUUUCUGGCAACUGGGGAUAGUGAGGAUGGAUUUCCUACGACACUCGAGGAAUUUUUCCAGGGACAGGAUGUGGAAUCUCACAUGCCUCCCAGAUACAACGACCUCCUCAGUGCCCCACUAUACAGUGCUCCACUGUCUGCGUCAGUUCCUAAAAAAUCAGUGGGUACUCCGUCGUUUCAUGUGUACAGCGAGGGCUCGCCCGAGAACAGCAAGGAACAAAUACGGCGGCGCCUAAUGCUUGGAUCAGAAGACGAAACUGUGUCAAGUCCACCCAGACGGCUGAACUGCCCUCCGGUAACCAAGCUAGGAACUCCGUCAACGCCUCUUGGUUCCCUAGAGUCCGUGCUGAACUGCAACGUCUCCAUAAAGAAUCCCUUCAAGCGUCCUGUGUCACCUGGAGAGGGAUGCUCCUCCUCUUUAUUGGUCAAGCGCCCAAAAUCAGACAGUUUCCAGAGGGUUAUGAGCUGCAGUGAGCCAAGCUGCACAACAAAGGUGAUCACCCUUCAGCGAUGCCAUUCUGAGAAUGAAGCAUCAAUCAAACUUGCACUACAGAAGUCUGAACAGCAGCCAGAUCUUAUAGGAGAUUUUUCAAAGCCUUAUGCACUGCCAUUGAUGAAAGGCAAACACGAUGACCUUAAAAUGAUCUCACCAGUGACGCUAGCCGAAGUCUUGGAAGGAAAAUACAACCAUUCCGUGAAAGAGUAUGCUGUGAUCGAUUGCCGAUAUCCGUACGAAUAUGAAGGGGGACAUAUCAGUGGCGCAGUAAAUAUCUACACGCGUGAAGACUUAAUGUCGUGUCUUCUGCCCGAAAAGAUGACCAACCAAGAGCAGAAAGUGCUCGUGUUCCACUGUGAAUUUUCAUCUGAACGUGGCCCCAAAAUGUCUCGCUUUCUUAGGAACAUGGAUCGGCAGAUGCACAACGAAAUGUAUCCGAAGUUGAAAUAUCCUGAAAUAUACGUCCUGGAAGGGGGGUACAAGGCAUUUUUUGAAGGCUUCAAGAGCUUCUGCGUUCCAGAAAUGUAUGUGCCAAUGAGGCACAAAGACCAUGAAACUGAACUGAAAGAGUUCAGAGCUCGCUCCAAGUCUGGUGGCUCGCUUAAAGGGAGGGGCCUCUGUGCUCGUUCCUCAAAAAAAUUUUAAGGCUCCUCAUACAACCUCGAGUCAACAUGUAAAGCAGUAUUCUUCUCACUCACCGUGACGUAGAAAAAGUGCCAAUGAGGACACAAAAUAAAAAAAUUCUGGCACGACCA